AGGCCUCAGCUGCGGGCGCGCGGCUUCGGCGAGCGGCGGGGGCCCCUGGGGUGCCCGCCCGUCCCGGGGCUGCUGCGGCCGCGGGACCUCAGCCGGGAGGCGCUGCUCGACGUGCUGAGGGCGGCCGUCCUGGACCGGACAGGACCUCUGGUGACACUGAACAAGCCCCAGGGCCUACCUGUGGCAGGGAAACCAGGGGAACUGACUUUGCUCUCGGUGCUGCCGGAGCUGAGCCGGUCCCUGGGACUCGGUGAGCAGGAGCUCCAGGUUGUCCGAGCAUCUGGGAGGGAGACCUCUGGGCUUGUCCUCCUCUCUAGUUGUCCCCAGACGACAAGCCGCCUCCAGAAGUUCUUCAUCCACUCACGGAGAUCCCAGAAACCCACAGCCACCUAUUGUGCUGUCACCGAUGGGAUCCCAGCUACUUCUGAGGGGAAGAUCCGGGCAGCUCUGAAACUGGAGCACAUGAAUGGGGUCGAUCUUGCAGUUCCCGUGAAGUCUGCGUCCCGAAAGGACAUCCUGGAAGGUGUCAAGAGGACUCUGAGCCACUUCCGAGUGGUGGCGGCAGGCUCCGGCUGUGCCCUGGUCCAGCUGCAGCCAUUGACAGCCUUCCCCUGUCAGCUGCAGGUGCACAUGGCGCUUCAGCUCUGCCCUCUGCUCGGGGACCACAUGUACUCUGCCCGCGUGUCCUCUGUCCUGGGCCAGCGCUUUCUACUGCCAGCCGAGUGCACCAAGCCCCAAAGACAGGUGCUGGAUGCGGCCCUCCUCAGACGCCUCAGCCUGACCCCCGCCCAGGCGGCCCAGCUGCCCUUGCACCUCCACCUGCACUGUCUCCACCUCCCUGGGGCUAGGCCCCGGGAUGCCCCCAUCGAGCUUCUGGCACCCCUGCCUGCUUAUUUCUCCAGGACCCUCCAGUGCCUUGGGCUCCGCCAGCAGUAGUCUCGCUGCUAUUCCUGCUGUUCCUGCUAGAAGGGGUGGGAGACCAGGCGAGAAGAAUGAGGCCGGUGCUCCACACGCCUGGGUGUAAGACCCUGUGCUCUGCAGGCGGACACACCCAAGAGCCGGCCCCGGCUAGCCCGCUCGCUGUGUGGUGUCAGGCAAAUGACUUCACCUCUCUGGACAUGAGCUAAUAAAAGUACCUACCUCACAGUGUGGUUCUGCGGGCUCGGCUGUGACAGUGAGUGUUAAGCACAGGCCAAGCUUUCUGCUGAGUUCAAUAUGUGGUCUUUUAUUUGGCUGUUUCUACCCCCAUUCUAACGGAGGAAGUGCUAGGGGCUUUUUAAACAUGUGGUAAAACACACCUAACGGAAUUGACCAUCUGAGUCAUUUUCAAGUGUGCAGUCCAGUGGCAUGACAGACACUCACGCUGCUGUGUCCCUUCCCCGCCACCAGCUGCAGGGCGCCCUUCCUCUUGCGGAACUGAAACUAGGACCCUCACCCCGCGCCCCCGCCAGUCCUUGGUCCCCACCACUCUCAUCUCUAGACACUGCAUACACUGAAGAUGUCAGAUUUUUUCCUUUAAAAAACUGAAAUGUAUCCGACAUGCAAAGAAGACGUAACCUACAAUUAAAUUAUAAGGAAACGCACACAUAAUGACUUCGCAGGCAUCAGAGAC